GGAUUGGAAGUGAGCACAGUGAGGACAGCAAAAUGGAGCACCAAAGAGGAGAUCCAACAGGAAUAUGCAAUAACUGUCAAAUUGAGGAGUCAGUUGACCAUGUAAUGCUUUACAGAGAAGCCAAAGACUCCCUCAUUAACCGGAAGAAGACUCUAGAACCAGACUCAACGUGGGUGGCCAUCUGCCUCGACCGGUUGGGUGUUUCUAAUAUAAAAUACCGCAAUGGAGUCAGAUCUCAUGGCCAACACGUCGGCGACAGAUCUUUGCAGUUCACAGCCAAACUGUGAAAAAGUUUCAGUUAAAGGCCAGGAAGGUUUGUCAUCCACGGAGCAGAGCACAAGUUCAAGUGAGGAUAUCACAUUACAAAGAGAUGACGGCUCCUAUUACACCAAAUGGACAGUUUUCAUUGCCCUUGCUGUUCCAAAAGCUAAAGCUCCUAAAAAAAACAAAAAAUUCACGUCUGCCUUUGGGGUGAAAGGCCACAAAGCUCAGAGCUGCUAUCAUAUUGAAUACAAUCUGUUGCCAGGGGACACAGAGAUGACCAAAGUGGACCUACUAGUGUUUGGUCCAGGAGCAAAACUGUUCCAAGAUGAUGAGACCAAGAUUCUGAGAACGUGGUAUGAAGGAGAUCGGAUAUGGGUCGGUUGGAGCCACAGUUUCAAUAUCAGAGUCAACAGGGACAUGUUGAUCAGUCUACUCCCUCAUAAGAUCCAUCUGAAGAUAUGGAACGCUAAGUACAGCCUGUCCAGCUUUCAGGCCCGCGCUGAUAGACUGAAAACCUUUAGACUGCCAAACUAUUGGCCUGAGGAUUCAAUUUACUCAUGUAAAGUUUCAACUCAAACCUUAAUUGUAUAUUGUGUUCUUUUACAUUUUUUAAAAUCUAUGUUGUAUUCUACUUCCUAAGAUGACAUCAAGACCAUGGUAACCAGGCUGACAGCAAAGAUAGGGUUGGAUGCCAAUUUGGAUGUGGGCUCAGAAAAAGACACGAACUCGGCUCUACAGGCGACAACAAGUUUUCAAAAACACAAUGCUGACGCUUUUGACCUUGGGAAGAUGGGAAAUAUAGGAACCAUCUCACUUGAAGUCAGUCCCAUUCGGUUACUGGCAGGUGAGACCUCAGUGACUGAACGCUUCAAAGUUUACUCAUCUGGGGUAUAUGAGGUCAUAUGCGACAUCUGCCUGGAAAGAUCUCUUUUAUCCAACCAACUAAUAGCUGAACUUAAUCCACUGGUCAUCAGCAUUUUGUCAGCCACCUCAAUGCCUUCGUCCCCGGUCCCUCUCCAUGUCCUACAGGAAAAGUGCAUGCCUGUCUAUUGCCAGUACAAGUUCCAUAACUCGAGCAUGCACAGAACAAACUAUUACGAGCAUGCUACCAACAUCUACUUUAGAGAUGUGAAUGUGAUCCUGACUGGCUCGAUGAAUCCACAAGAGGUCCAAGACUUUUUGGAUACUCCGUCUCUGCAGAUAGAGGUUCACGAUCGUGACAGGAAGGCUGAGGAAAGACAAAAAACUCAAUCACUGUGUGACACAAGGUCAGAUGAUGACAUGCAGAGCAAUGCAUCGAUAUUUGAUCCUAUAAUGAACACCUAUGGUAUCGCAAACCUAAACCUGUCUGAGUUGCUACUUGGACAGAAAAGUCUGAAGGUGGACUUACCAAUCAAAUGUGGCCCUCAGCCUCAAAAGCUGGACAGACAGAGACAUGGAUGGAACAACAUGAUGACAGAUACAGCUGGCAGCAGGGAUCCCAUGCCACAGCCUCCAUACUAUGAUUUAGAUUCUCAACUCAAGGUCAAAGUUGAGAUGGCUUUCCCACUGACGACAGAUGAUGGCAGGGAGUUCUACAAUGGUCCAUUUGGCCGUAUUGUCUACCUCAUUGAUUACAACAACUUCUCAGUUAUUACCAAGCUGAGAUCAGAGAUCCUCAGAAUCAAUGCAUCAGCCUUGCAGCUGGACUCACCCUCAUUGGACAGUAGAGAGAGAGCUCUAUCAAAUAAGGAAGGUCCAAUGAAUUCCAAGCAUGAUGAGAGCAUGGAUCUGGAUUUUGUUACAGGAUUUCAUGUGGAAGAUAAGAGGAAACACAUCUUUGUUCUUGAAGGGCUGAAACAUAAAGCAGUGAGGAGACUUUGGGAGGCUGUUCCUAUGAGGUUAAGUGGGACCAAGGCGGAACAGGUGAUCGUCCUCUACAAUUCAAACCUGGGUUUCUUCAACUGCAUCUAUGACUCAUUAGAUGUGAGUUUGAGUCCCAUCCAUCUACGUGAUUCACUGCAGAGCAUCAUGAGACAACCUCUGAUCUACAUAAGGGGAAAGGUACCCCAACCCUGCUUCCAGGCUUUGUCAAGGUUAAGCCAGCUGUGUCAAGCAAGGAAACUCAAAGAUGCGGUGCAGUACGACCUCUUCCCCUCAGCUGACAUGAUUGUCAGCAUGAGCAGGGAAUAUGGCACAUCUGCUGCGCAGUGGGAGCAGAAAGCCAUUGCAAACACCAUGAUGCACCUGCCCACUCACACGGUCAGCAUGAAAAGACAUGCGGCGCUCGACUCCCAUAACACAGAAUAUAUCAGAUGGAAAAACAACAGGCAACAGACGUUGGCCGCGCACCUCAGGGACUACAUCCAGGAAAAUAUUAAAAAUGUUCAAGACCAAAGUGAGCUGUUGCAGAAGCCAGAGGCUGCUGCAUUAAGGUUGGAUCAGGCUGCAACCGUGCCAGUACACAACUACAGCACCCAGACCUUGAAUUCAAAUGUACAAACCAGGGAGCUGCUCUGCAGAGAGAUGGCUAAGGUGCCGGGCCGAAGGUUCACCUACAGUCAAGAGUAUAUCAGUGCUACAGUGGAGCCUGGAGACACGGCUCCUAUAAAGGACUCUGGCUCUACUGCCGCCUCUACAGCCUGGUUGACAAAUCUGACCGGUGACAGGUCCAGGGUGCACCCCAGACACCCAGAUGAGGCUCGAGUGGAAGAGCUGAGGAAGCCGUGGAGAGAGAACAUCCUUCAUGCCAACACACUGAAUCCAACACUUUCACGGGACAGAUGGGCGUUGAGCCAGCACCAUGAGGACUUCCAGCUCUACAGCAAACCUCCCGCAGUGGUGCCUCUAGAAACUUUUCAUUGGGGUGGCAAGAUGGGGCCACGGAAAAUCUUGAGGUGGCACACCAAAACCAAAAAGCCAUAACUGAAUUUCAGGAAUUGUAUUAUGCUGUUGUAGUAUAUAGGCUACCUCAAAACUAUAGCAAAGAGUUAAGUAAUCGCUAACUGAUAUACGUUAAUUUCUUAUGAUACAUUAAAUGUUACUAAUGAUCUGAUGUGCAUGGACUAAUAAUGGAACAGUUAAUAUUUUUAGUUCCACAAAAAUCCUUUUUUAAUUUGUUAUGUAUCUGUAUAUGUGUUAGUUGAUUCAUUGUUUUUCAAAUAGGCUUGUUGUCCUUUACCUAAAGAAAUAAUACAUUUACAGUAGAGAGUAGAGUACAUCUAUUUUACGGAAAACAAAACAUCAACUGGAAACCAGCCUACUAAAGUUUAAAAAACCACAAUGACCUCCAAUUAUGUACAAUAAAACUUUAUUUGACUGUUGCUGCAUAAUUUUGUAAAGGAAAAUAAGUUAGAGUAUAU